AAUGAAUAGCACACUAAGUUCAGAAGAUUUAGAUAAUGAUAUAAGAAUAUAACAAGUUUAAUAAAGUGCUCCUGAUGCAGUGCAAUUUUACAUUAGCGAGGAGUAUGAGUUAACAAAUAUUUAUAUAUUAGGAAUUUCAAUAAUGAUCCAUAUGAAAUUAUAUAAUAAAAGGUAGUAGCAUUUCAACCAAUUAAAUCUAAAGAUGAUACAAGAUGUGAUCAGGCAUCAAAAGAUGGUGGAAAGAAAUUUGAAAAUAAGAAAUAAAUUAAGUGUAUGAGGUCUGUAGGUACAUAUGUGAUUUAACAAAUUGGACGUAAAAUUUUAUCAGGAGACAUGAAUCUAACUAAAAUUAGUUUUCCAAUAAAAGCAAUGAUUGCAAAAUCAGCGUUGGAGAAAAAUUUGCAAUCUACAAUCUUUUUUCCUCUGUAUAUCAAUAGGGCUGUUCAAACAGUAGAUUAUAUGGAGUAGUUAAAAUUAGUAAUAACUGCUACAAUCGCUACAUUCCACAUAAAUUUGAGUUUUCAUAAACCUUUGAAUCCUAUCUUAGGAGAAACAGUAGAAGGCUUCCUAUCUGAUGGAACAAAAUUAUAUGCCGAAUAAAUAAGUCACCAUCCGCCUAUAAGUUAAUUUUAUGGAGUUGGUAGAGAAAAUACUUAUAAAUAUUUUGGGUAUCAUGAUUUAUUAUCAUAAGUAAUUAUUGUUAUGAAGCAUCUGCUGGAUUAAACUCUAUAACUCUAAAAAAUAAGGGGAAAAGAACUAUAGUAUUUAAUGGAGGUUAAAGAAUUGAUUAUAAUUUUGCUUAUGAACUUUAUAGUGGAACAAUUAUGGGCUCUAUGAAAGUGGAAGUAUGAUAAUUAUUAAUAAAUCAUUUAGACUCUUGGGGUAUCUACUUAUUAAACUAAUAAAGGAUUGACAGCAACUUUGAAAUUCGGAAAAGUAAAAAGAAAGGCUACUGAUUAUUUUGAAGGUUCAAUAAAUAUGGGACCUUAAGAAUUAUGUAAAAUAUUUGGUACUUACAUGGGAUAUAUAGAAUUCGAUGGAGUCAGAUAUUGGGAUCAUAGACAUAUGGUAUAUAUAAAUCAAUUUUAUUUAGUAUCCACAUUAAGUUACAAUUAAACCUCCUUUUCUACCAUCUGAUGCAUAAUUAAGAGGAGAUUAUACUAAUUUAGCAGCUUUGGAUAUUGACAAAGCAUAAAUUGAAAAAGAGAAUUUAGAAAACUUAUAAAGACAUGAUGCUAAAUUAAGGACUAAAUUUAAAGAGAUUAGAAGAAAAAAAGAAGAGAAAAAAAAAUCACAUGAUCAUCAUGAUUGA